CAAAACCUCCAUAUUAAACCGGAAAAAAUAACCUGGAACGGUAGCUGUCCCGAAACAGCUUCGUACAGAGAAAACGGAGAAAAUGGCUUCGCGCCUGAGCCGAAUCUGGCCCGUCGUGUCCCGGGUUCGCUUGAGCUCCGCUCUCGGGACCCGCUGCGUGUCGCAGACGCCGAAAUCAAGCGCGGCCGGUGCGGCUGUGGCGUCUGAUCUGCAGCCCGUGUCACCCGCGCUUCAGGACAGUCAUGGACACACAGAGGUCAACCCGUUUGAAAAGAAUCCAGAUUUCCAUGGCUUCCAUCAUCAUGAUACUUUUGUGGAUGAAUGGAACAUGAGAUUAGCGUUUUUCUUUGGCAUUUCUGUGGCCAUUGUUAUCGGAGGCACUUUCAUCCACUAUUUACCUGACCACGGUAUGAGGCAGUGGGCGCGUCGGGAAGCUGAGAGGUUGAUCAAACAGAGGGAGGCUGAGGGACUUCCACUCAUGACUGAAAAUUAUUAUGACCCCAGCAAGAUUAUUCUCCCCUCGUCUGGAGACGAGUAGACAUCAUUUUGUCAAUAAAUAUUCUGUUCAUUUGUGUUUGCUUGUACAUUAGACUUUCCUCAACUGUUAUAAUAAAAAUAUAUGUUCUAAUAUAA